AAAUGUUAACUUGUGGUCUCAAACUCCAACUCCCUCCCCAAACCCUCCUUAAGCCUACAUCCACCGCCGUACCAACAACCAAAGAUGGCGGCCUCCUCUUCCGCCAAAAGCUGCUCUACCUCCAAUCCUUAAACAUCAACCCCCACAAAGCUCUCAACCAAAACCCUUCCCUCCGUUCCACCCCACUUUCCUCUCUCCUUUCCCUGGAAGUCUCCCUCUCUUCCUUCGGUCUCUCUCGCCCUUCCAUCGGUCGUAUCCUCGACAUGUACCCUCUACUCCUUACCUCCGACCCUCUACCCCCCAUCAAUUUCCUCCUUCAGGAAGUCCCUCUCCCUCUCCCUCACCUCCCUCUCUCCCUCUCCCGUUGCCCUCGCCUGUUACUCUCCUCCGUCGCCACCCAACUCCGCCCCACUCUGCGUUUCCUCACUUCCCUCGGCCUUGUUUUGAAUUGCCGUACCACCCUUCUCUUAGCUUCUAACGUGGAAAACACCUUGAAACCCAAACUUAACUUCCUCCAAUCUCUGGGUUUUGACGAGCCGGAAGUGAACCGGAUGGUGGUGAGGUCACCCGGGCUGUUGACUUUGAGUUUAGAGAAUAAUAUGAAGCCUAAAGUUAAGUUUUUCUUGGAGGAAAUGGAAGGUGAAUUGGAGGAAUUGAAAAGGUUUCCUCAGUAUUUUUCGUUUAGUUUAGACAAAAAGAUUAAGCCAAGGCAUAGAGCUUUGGUGGAACAUGGGUUUAAGUUGCCAUUGUCGAAGAUGUUAAAGGUUAGUGAUGGAGAGUUUAAUGCUAGAUUGAUUGAGAUGCGAUUGCAAAGAGUUCAAAGGACAUAGCCUUUUUUGCUGAAUUUUGGCUUGUGUCAUUACGGUACUUUCUACUUGGAGGGCAAUUUGGUUUACAUUGAAGGUGGUGCCUUAGAUAUUUCAUGGGCUUCUAAUACAGGACUUGAUUGCAAUUGAUGUGGAGACCCUCUUAGUAUGACAGACAGAUAUGAGGCAAUUCAUGGUAAGGUGGCUUCUGCUCUAUUAUCAAUUUGGGAUUUUACCAUGCUGGAAAUACUAGAAUGUACUUAGAUGAUACUUGGACUUGAGGAAUUACAAGGAGCAAUGGAGUUAAAAUAGCUGCAGUGUGUCAAAAGGAUACUUGGGCUUGAGGGAUUACAAGGAGCAAUAGAGUUAAAAUACCUGCAGUUUGUCAAAAGGGUGAAAUCUGUUGAAAGUGCGGUUAAAUAUUUUCUGAAGUAUGUGGCACAGAUCUGGCUUGAUAUGUAUUAUAGCAAACCAGGCUUUGCUAGUGGUUGUUUUCUGUCCAACAGAGGAUCAAGGUCCACAGUGUAGUUUUCCUUCUUCUCUUGGCCUUGUUCACAUGCACUAAAAAAUAAAAAAAAACUUUAGUCUUAUUCUUAUAAAAAACCGAUGAAAUUGCUAAGCUUUUGGAAUUUCUUUGUUUUAUGGAAAACGAAACUAUGAGAGAGGCAGUUUAAGUUUUGCUCCAUUACAAACAUCAGGAAGAAGAAUAAAAGGAUAUGCAAAGUUUGCAAACACUAAGGAAAGAGUCCAAUUGAUUUAAAGCUGAACAUUAUUUGAAAUCAAUGGAUCUCUUCUUUUUUAGUCGGUUAUGCUUUUUGUUCAUCUUUACUUUUUAUCUUCCUCUCACAUUCACACAGCUUUUGAUUUUUCAACAUAGUUCUUUUCAGCCAUUUUUGAUUGUGCAUCAUAGAUAAGACUCUUGCAGAACUCUGGAGCUUGCCACUUCGCGUUACAAUGAGAACAAUGUCUAUAACUUAAUAUAAUGCAUUUCAGAAGGUUUAUCUUUUUAUUUCUUGCAUAUUUUCUAAUUGUUAAUAAACAACUGGUUUCUGUAUAAAACUUGUAUAAUUAGAUUUCUUGUCAUGACUCAUGAUAUAUUUUGUCUUUAAUGGACACCAGUCUGAGUGAUAUGGGCUUCUGAACUUUGACCAUAAUGAAAUCUAUUGGUUAGAUGGCCAUUUGCUUAGUUUAUAUAAAGCAUAUAAAAGCAUGUACCAUAUCCUCGGUGGAAUCAGAAUAGUUGUCAUCUGCUCUUAUUGUUCGUUCUUCCAUUCAUAUUUGUCCAUAUGCACAAAAACUCUACUUAAUGAAAUUUGCCAUAUCCAUGCUUCGAUGCAUAAGAAUGUUGCUGUAAUUUUCUGUUAACUAAAUGAUGGUUUAUUUCACUGCAAUUGCAUAGCAAUUAGUAGUACAUGAUGAUAUGCUGUCACCUAGUGAUGGGGAACUCGAACUGGUUACAGUUGGGGAGCCACAUAACUCUCUGUUGCACACGCUUAUCGUGCUCUCGAGUUAGUUUUGUUGUUUCUUUUGUAAUUUGGACAAUCAACCGUAACACGAAUUUCUGUCUAGUUUCUGUUCUGAAAUAUUUCUGCCCUUAAUAUCUUGGCAUCCAUGAAAACUUGUCAUCUCUCCUUUGGCAUUCAUGGGUAUUUCGUUGUUAUGUGCUCUUUCUGUGUCAGGAGAAUCUUCGAGUAGUGCAGCCCCUUCACAAACCACCAUCACACAUUCAUACUGUCAUGGGGAAACAGAGCACAAAACUGAAAUUAUUAUUGCCUCCAAAGCGGCAACUAUCGAUAAUGAAAACAAAUAUUCAUGCGAUUUAAUCAUACUUUUCUUUCUUUUACCAAGGUUGCAAAGUGAAUGUAGGAAAUAGGAAUUAAUUGUUCAAUGAGGACUAAACGUUCCCUCUAGUGCAACGGUUCAGUGCACAUUUCAACCUUCCCGCCUUAAGGGCCCCAGUGGUAACUUGGCUUUGAAUCCAUUUUUCUGUCCACAUCUAAAGUUGGCAUUCAUUUGUCCAACGAGAAUGCUUAAGGACCUUCGGCUACAGUGGGCCAAUUAUCAAUUAAUAAGUGUCACAGCACCAUGUGCAACGGUGCCUGGGCGUGGGAGAGCAAUUUUAUUAGUUUUGACCCACAUUUCCUUGUAGAGCAAAGAGGAAUCAACUACUUUUUGGUUUGUCAUAGCUGUUGCUUUGUUGCUAGGGUGAUUCACAUAGCUUCAAAAUUUUAUGACAAAAUAAAAAUCAUAAAAAUAAUUAGUCAAGGAAGGAGAGAAGUGUUGGGAGCGAGAUUGCAAGAAGAUGAAGAUGUUCUUGAAACAAGCAAAAGGGGAAUUUCAUUAGGAAGUUGAAUGUUAGGAUUCGAACAUAUAUCCUUGUCAAAAUCACUAUACCAGGUCUGAAAAUUAUGCAUGGACGCAGUGGACACAACGCACAAGCCUUUAUUGUACGGUGUCAAAAGGACCAUGAACCGUUGGGCCUGCUUUGUUUGUUUGGAGCAGCACGAUUAGGGGUCUACGCACGUGGACACGUACAAUCACUUGUUCCUUUUUGCUCUAAGAGAGAGAGAGAGAGGGAGAGAGGAAGGAGAUAAUAGAGUUUAAACACUGUUGCAAAAAAGCUAAGUAAUUAUUCAAUACAACUAUCAGGUACAGACAAUUCCUCUAUGUUAGUAAAGCUGUGUCUCUUCCCCUAUCAAUGAAAGAAAAUCUCAAACAAAAUCAGGCCCCUGUCCUUUCUCUUCCCUCUCCCCAUAUGCACAGUUACUUAACUUCUUACAGCUCUCGAUAAUACUGUGCAAAUAAUUAGUACUAAUAGCAGCUUAUUUUGUUUUUCUCAACCCUGCCCCCUCAGUCAUCCUUUGCUUUUUCUGUACUAUGCCUCUUUGGUUUUUCACUUGGUACUGAUUACUAUUCAAGUCAGGUCUCCGAAUAGAGAGCAACAGUGAGAAAGAGAGAGAGAAAGAGGAGGGAGAUUGCCCUUUCUCACUUUCUGUCAAAAGAUUUUCUUUUUGAUGGGUUUACAAUAAAACAACCCCGCCCCCCAUCCUACCUUUUCUUUCCUGAAAACCAUUAAAAAAAGGGAGUCUGGAAAACAAACCUAUAUUUAC